GUUUCGAUUGAGGGGUUUGGGGUCUCGUUUCACUCUCCAUCUCCUGGGACCAGGAUACAGUCGAUAUCCCGGAUAGGGAGAGGCUGCGGUGCCCUGAGGGGCUGCCUUUCAAGAGUGCUGUCAUUUCCGCAGGCCGGGCCAGAAAAGGGAGAUCGGGCUCCUUCCAGAGCUUGAGACCCAGCGCCCCCAUCCCGCUCCCAGCAGGCUUUCGUCCCCGCCAUGGCUGAGCUUAUCCAAAAGAAGCUGCAGGGAGAAGUGGAGAAAUACCAACAGCUACAAAAAGAUUUGAGUAAAUCCAUGUCAGGGAGACAGAAGCUUGAGGCACAACUAACAGAGAAUAAUAUCGUAAAAGAGGAACUGGCCCUGCUGGAUGGGUCCAACGUGGUCUUCAAACUUCUGGGUCCUGUGCUGGUCAAACAGGAACUGGGGGAAGCUCGAGCCACAGUGGGGAAGAGACUGGACUAUAUAACAGCUGAAAUUAAGCGAUAUGAAACCCAGCUCCGAGACCUUGAGCGACAGUCGGAGCAACAGAGGGAGACCCUUGCUCAGCUGCAACAGGAAUUUCAGCGGGCCCAGGCGGCAAAGGCAGGGGCUCCUGGGAAGGCCUGACCCCAUGGCCAGGGGGAAGGGGAGGGGAGGGUAUGCGGCAGCUCUAGG